AUGACACUUUCUACGUUCUCUCGUCUCACUCUGGUUGCUUCAUUGGCUGUUUUAGUCUCUUGUCGUCCAUCUAUUCUAGAUGCACAUUCUACUCAGCCGUUGAAGCGACAAGACGUCCCACCGCCGAACCCUAAUGGCCCCAUCGCUGGGUGGAGCUAUGUCGGCUGCUUCACGGAUAUCGCGUCGUCGCGCACUUUAGUUGGGGACGUUAUUCUUGAACAUAACUUAACGCCGGCGACUUGCACCGAAUUUUGCCAAGGAACGGCCGUUGAACCUAAGGGGUUCAAUUUCGCUGGCCUCGAGUUCACGUCUGAAUGCUACUGCGACUUCAAUAUCCAAGGCACCGCAACUCAAGUCGAAGACGCCGAGUGCAAUUUCCCUUGCGCAGGAGACGAAACCCUCGAUUGUGGUGGGUCCGGACGUGUCAGCGUCUUCACGAAUGGCGGCCUGCCUCCUACGAACAGAGCCACGGUCGGAUCCUGGACGUUCGCAGGUUGCCACACUGAUGCCAUCGAUGGGAAUGGACGCACGCUCCUCGAGCGGUUCGACAUCCCCACGGGCGUGACCGUCGAGAGCUGCACUACACAGUGCGCCGCCACGGGGUUCAAUAUCACUGGAUUAGAGUUCGGUCAGGAGUGCUGGUGUGGAUCGUCCUUCCUGUUCCCCAACACGACUGCGCCACUUGGCGACUGCUCUAUGGCGUGCAAGGCAGAUCAUACGGAGUUCUGCGGAGCCUCGAGUCGCCUUUCAGUCUAUGUCGAUUCGCCCGAGAUGAUAAAUACGGAGAGUGUCGAGCCUCCUCCUGCAGUGACGUCGAACUAG